GUUUUGUGCACGUGAAGAAGUGUGGUUAUGUUCAACAUUUGAUGAAAUUUAUUUGCUUUUGUGGUGCUUUCGUUGUUUCUUAUUUUUUUGAAAUGAUCUAUUGAACAGUAGUCAAUUAUUAAUAGCAAAUGUUACUUAUUCAACUAAAAAUAAAGAAGUAUUUACCGACCUGUAUAGUUUAUUGUUGGAGACAUGAAAAUUAAAAGAUACAAGAAAGUAAACAAACAUCUGGGGUUUUACAUCAACAAUUUUGGCUUAAGACAGCCAUAUCAGCUACUUGUUGAUGGUACUUUCUGUUAUGCUGCUUUAAAUAAUAAAAUCAACAUAGCUAAUGACAUACCAAGGUACUUACAAGGGGAUAUCAAGUUGCUUACCACACAAUGUGCUGUAAUCGAGAUGGAGAACCUAGGACCGAAGUUAAAUGGAGCUUUACUGAUCCUUAAGAAAUAUGUUGUACAUAAAUGUGGACAUGAACGCAAGCCAAUCACUGGAGCAGAAUGUCUUUUGUCCAUGUUGGGAAAAACAAAUACAAAGCAUUAUAUUAUAGCUACCCAAGAUAGAGAUUUACAAGAUAAAGUUCGAAACAUACCUGGUGCACCAAUUUUAUACCUACAUAUUAAGACUCCUGUAUUUGAACAGCCUUCAAAGGUUUCGAUGGAUACUGUCAAAGACAAAUUAUGUUUAUUGAGCCAUAAUGAAAAGCAGGCUUUGGAAAACCUUAAGGUACAAAGUGGUAUUGAAUGUGUAGAAGAGGAUACGCCAAAAAAGAAGAAGAAGAAGAAUGGUCCUAAUCCCUUGUCUUGUAAGAAGAAGAUGAAGAAAGGUGUGUUAGAUAAUCCUAUAAAAAAGAAAGGGGAGCCAGAAAAGGAGAAGAAGAAGAGGAAAAAGGUUAGGAUUCCAAAGCAUGUGAAAGAAGAAUUGUUAAAAAAGAAAGAUUAGUAAAUAAUUUAUUAUUUAAAAAAAAUCAUUACUUCCUCCAUAAUGCUAACAGGUCUACUCCUGCCCCUUCAGAUUUGCUUGUAUUUUGCGUUUUUUGAUAAUAAGAAUUUCGACAUUAUCUCAUUAACACGUUCACUGCCCAUGCCAACACAGUGUCAGCAUGAGCGUCGCCAUAGCAGUACCCUCGCCGACACUUUGUCGUCGACGAGGUCCCACUAUUAAAUGCUAUGUAGAUAAGUGGGGACUGCAGUUGAGCUGUGUUUACGGAGUGGGCACUCUGUUAAUGUUACAAAAAGU